GUGACCCUCGUACCCCUCAUCCCGUCAACCCGGUCAUUCUGUCUUUUUAGUACUCAGGUCAGUGUACCCAUCACUGCGGUACGAUGUUCCGUGCUGUGUUCCGACUGACGGCCACAGGAGCCCGGAGUCUGGCUCGGUCGCGGCCCUGCUACUCAGCUCCGUUGGCCUCCAGAUGUUACUCCCAUGCCAAGGUGGAGACAGAUGAGGAGUUUGAUGCCCGCUGGGUCACGUACUUCAGCAAGCCUGACCUUGAUGCCUGGGAGCUGAGGAAAGGCAUGAACACCUUGAUUGGGUACGAUUUGGUUCCUGAGCCAAAGAUCCUAGAUUCGGCACUGAGGGCUUGCCGAAGACUAAAUGACAUGGCCAGCGCUAUUCGCAUCCUCGAGGCCGUGAAGGACAAAGCAGGACCCUACAAAGAUAUCUACCCCUACCUGAUUCAGGAGCUGACACCCACCCUGGCAGAACUCGGCAUCUCAACUCCAGAAGAGCUGGGCAUUGACAGGGUAUAGACCACUGAGGUCAUUUGCUGUAAAAAGGGAUGAGCUCUACCUAUUCUUUCCUGUCAAGAAUGUCUAUAUUGUUGAUUCAACCUGUCCUGUUAUGUACAAAAUGGUGGACCUAAUAAAGAAAAUCAAUAACAAGAA